AAAUUUGAAGAUGCUUGAGAGGGAGCUUUGCUUUCUAUUUUAUUUUUGCCGUGAUUAAUAUUGCUGUGAAUUUUAUUUUUAAAUAAUGACUUUUCAAUCAACAUCAAGAAAAAGCAAUGAAUUAAUUGAACCUCGUGUGAACUUUGAAGAUGUUCCAUUACAAGCGUUAAGACAAAAAUCACGCAAUAAAUUGUCUUUACUGCUAAAUUCUGAAAAAAUUCUUGUAACUGAGGAUGGAUAUUAUCGAGAUUGGCGAGGAGUUUUUUCCUUGUCAGGACUGACACAAUCAGAAUUUUCUCUGAUUUCUCAAAGUCAAGAUAAAACAAACAAAUUAUUUGACAUUUGGAUUAAACACACCAAAGACAACAACAAUGAUGUUAAUUUGAGUCAACUGCAAGAAGUGUUUGGUAUCAUUGAUCGCUAUGAUAUUUAUGACGACACAUUAUCAUUAUUCACUGAAGACGCUAAUGCUUUCUUAUCGAAAUCACAUUGUGGUGAUUUUGGUAGCAGAAGCUCUCUAGAGAUAAUAAAAGCUGACCCUGAUAACGAUAUUAUCACUUUGCAUGAUUUGGAGCGAAGAGAAAAAGGAUUACCGUUGAAAAUAUACGAUGCUUUUGUGAUUUACAAUGACAAAGAUGUCGAAUUUGCUUCUGAGUUGAUUGAGAAAUGUGAAAAUAUGGGAUACUCGCUUUGUGCCAAAGACCGAGAUCUUCUUGGAGGAUUGUCUUUCGAAAGCGAAGCAAUACUGGAUCUUCUUUCUAAAAGAUGUAAUCGACUGAUUGUCAUCGUUUCGAAAGCUUUUCUUAAAAGUCCCAUGCAACUUUUUAUUACAAACUUCGCUCAAGCUCUUGGAAUCGAACAAAAAAAGAGAAAAAUUAUUCCAUGUCUCUUAGAACCAUGUCAGUUGCCUCAAAUGCUUAAAUAUUGCUUUGGACUCGAAUACUAUAAAGUUAAUAAGAUGUACAACUUUUGGGAUAAGCUGGAUAAAUCAUUGAAAGAAACGACUGAGGUCAAACGAUCAGCAAAAGAAUUGGAAAGAGCAAACAUAACUGAAAUCGAUGCAGGUUUAAUUAAUUUGAAAGUAAAUAUUCCGACGACUCCGGGGAAUUUCUACGAUAAAGAUCACAAUUAUAAAUUUACAAAUACCCCAACACCCACACCAUCUGAAAGGACAAGUCAGAAGUAUUUCGAAGAAAAAUCUUCACCGGAAGAAAAGAGGCGAAUUAUGCCGCCUCCACCGAAACUCAGACCUGCUUCUUCGAUGCUCAACAUUCAUGAUAACUCUAACAAUGGAGAGUCAACAUCAUUCAGAAAUAAAUUAUCGCAAAGCUCUUUCUUUUUAAAUCAAAGUUCCUCAGAUGCGUCGGGAAUAAAAUCAAAAAGAAAAAAGUGGUACAAAAUGUUCCUUCCACCCUCUGGGAAAUCGUCAAAAGUAAAAACAAUCGAGGAGAAUGAAGUAAAAGUGUCAAAAGAUAAACGACCUUGGUAUAAGAUUAAGAAAAAAGAUAAAUCAAAGGAGAAGAUUGCAAUACCUUGUUAAAUGAAUUAUUCAAUUGUUACUGAAUGAAAUUUGUUAUGUGCCUUUAUUUUUUUACUAAUCAAAACUAUAUAAAAUUUUUAAAAAUUGAAUUAAUCUGUCAUGAGAAUUUUUUCUUCAUCACUGAAAGCUUUUCUUAAGCAGAGAAACGUACGUCAUUACGUCAAAACGUAAUUGUAAGAAAAGCUUGCAAGCAAAAGCUUUCCUGAAAUUGCAAAUCAAUGGAUUUCAAAAACUCUUAAGCAUUAAUUUU